GCGGGUUAUCGUGACGUCACAGAAAGAAUUCGAUUUCGUCGUGACGUCACAGAAAGAAUUCGAUUUCGUAGAACUUAUAAGUCCAAGAAAUCAUUUUGUGGGUUUAGUAGCAGUGGUGAGUGAAACUGAGCAGUUAUUUUCAGCGAUUGUUAUCGAUUUUGACAACAAUGUUUCAGCGACCUUGUCGAGUUCAUCCGUUGACGGAGAGUCAGGUGUGUGAUCUCAACACCCCCCCAAACCCCAGCAGCAGCACAGAGGAACAACAUCCUCAUGAGAGCACUGCUGAUGCUGCUGAGGGAAACGACCAGGAGAGGAAAGUGAUGGAGAAAGGGAAGAAGAAAAAGAAGUGGUGGAGGUUGUCUUCUUUGUUUGGAGCUGUGAAGAAACAUCUGAAGCGCAGCUCGAACCCAGUUCAGGGUGAAGAAGAGCUGCAGCAAGAGCAAGAGCAGAGUGAGGGAGUGAAGAACCAGAACCAGUGUAAAAACAGAUGCAGUGAUGACUACACUGUCAGACACAACCUCGUGAGUGAUCAGCUGUGUGAAGGUGGAUUUGACGCUGAGGCGACACGUUUGAAGGAUGACCCUGAACUUGGAUCUCCACAACGUCUUCCAGAUGAGAAGGAUCUCAACAUCCUGGCAAAUAGAGGCCCAGAUAGCCACGGAUGUGAUCUCAGCACCCCCCCAAACCCCAGCAGCAGCACAGAGGAACAACAUCCUCAUGAGAGCACUGCUGAUGCUGCUGAGGGAAACGACCAGGAGAGGAAGGUGAUGGAGAAAGAGAAGAAGAAAAAGAAGUGGUGGAGGGUGGCCUCUUUCUACGGAGCUGUGAAGAAACAUCUGAAGCGCAGCUCGAACCCAGUUCAGGGUGAAGAAGAGCUGAAGCAAGAGCAAGAGCAGCAGAGAGAGAAAGUGAAGAACCAGAAAGAACAGAAAGCCAGAUGCAGUGAUGACUUCAUUUCCAGCCACUACCAGCUGGGUGAUCUGCUGGGUGAAGGUGGAUUUGGUUCUGUGUAUGAGGCGAGACGUUUGGAGGAUGACCUUAAAGUAAGUGAAAACUUGAUGAAAACGCAUCUAGCGAAGUGAUUUUGCCCCGUCUCAUC